GAAGUAGCGAGUGUGGAAGGCUAGCUUAGAGCAGAAAGUGCGCUGGAUGCAUUAGCUUGCUGUGUGUUCCAGUGGGGCGGGAGUGCUCCGGACAGUUAGCCUGCUAGAGUUUUUCUUUGGAGCUAGGACACAUGAAAGCCGCUCUUCAUUGAAACUCUAUCAAGCUGAAUGUGCUUUGUGUCAUGUGUCCGGCCGGCUGCGUCCAUGUGAACGGCUUCAAAGUGGACAAUUGGAGGCAAAACCUGCGAGUCAUAUAUCAGUGCUUUGUGUGGAGCGGCACCGCCGACACCAGAAGACGAAAGGCCAAGUCGUGUAUCUGUCACAUGUGUGGCGCGCACCUGAACAGGUUGCACUCGUGUCUCUACUGCGUUUACUUUGGUUGCUUCUCCAAGAAACACAUCCACGAGCAUGCCAAAAGCAAACGGCACAACCUGGCUAUAGAUUUACUUUAUGGUGGAAUAUAUUGCUUCGUUUGUCAAGACUACAUAUACGACAAAGACAUGGAGCAGAUAGCCAAAGAGGAACAGAGGAAGGCCUGGAAACUUCAAGGUGAAGGAGAGAAAUAUUCAAUAUGGGAGCCCACCAAGCGGGAACUGGAGCUAUUGCGCCACAAUCCAAAGCGGCGGAAAAUCACUGCCAACUGCACUAUAGGUUUACGGGGUUUGAUCAACCUGGGCAACACGUGCUUCAUGAACUGCAUCGUGCAGGCACUGACGCACACGCCGCUGCUGCGCGACUUCUUCCUGUCGGACCGGCACAAGUGUGAGAUGCAGGCCAACUCGUGCCUGGUGUGCGAGAUGUCUCAGCUUUUUCAGGAGUUUUACUCGGGUCACCGCUCUCCCCACAUACCGUUCCGGUUGCUACACCUGGUUUGGACACACGCACGGCACCUGGCGGGUUACGAGCAGCAGGACGCACACGAGUUCCUCAUCGCUGCGCUGGACGUUCUGCACCGCCACUGCAAAGAUGACGACAACGGGAAGAAGGCUAACAAUCCAAAUCAUUGUAACUGCAUCAUUGACCAAAUUUUUACUGGUGGACUCCAGUCAGAUGUGACCUGCCAAGUGUGCCAUGGUGUUUCAACUACGAUAGACCCAUUCUGGGACAUCAGUCUGGACCUUCCUGGCUCGUCCACACCUUUCUGGCCGCUGAGUCCAGGAGGCGAUGGUGCUGUGGUUAACGGAGAGGGUCACACGUCCGACAACACCACUCUUACAGACUGCCUGCGCCGGUUUACUCGGCCUGAGCAUCUAGGCAGCAGUGCCAAAAUUAAGUGUGGCAGUUGCCAUAGUUAUCAAGAAUCCACCAAACAGUUGACGAUGAAGAAGCUUCCCAUAGUUGCCUGUUUUCAUCUAAAACGCUUUGAACAUUCAGCCAAGUUGCGCAGAAAGAUCACGACCUAUGUGUCCUUCCCUUUAGAGUUGGACAUGACGCCCUUUAUGGCCUCCAGUAAAGAAAACAGAGUGAAUGGCCAGUACCAACAAUCAGUAGAAAUAUUAAAUGAUAACAAGUAUGCCCUGUUCGCUGUGGUAAAUCACCAAGGCACGUUGGAAAGCGGCCACUACACCAGUUUCAUCCGGCAGCACAAGGACCAAUGGUUUAAAUGUGACGAUGCCAUCAUCACCAAGGCCAGCAUAAAGGACGUGCUGGACAGCGAGGGGUACUUGUUAUUUUACCAUAAGCAGUUCCUCGAAUACGAGUAGCCUUAACCCAUCUGCUGCCUGUGAAGUGCUUUGUUCAUCCAGUGAGAGUGAUGAAGACGCAACCCUGCAACGGAGGACAGAAUUAACACAAGCAUACUUGAAUCUGUGACUACCCAUCUCCUCCCUUUCACAAAGGGGCCAACAAUGUAAAAUAGACUAAAACUAACCCAAUCAUGCAAAGCUCAGACCGGCGCUGAGCUAACCGUUACUUGACGUGAGAAAAGUGCAGCAGAGCAGGAGGCUCAUGAUCGCUUCUCAGCUCUCCUGCUUUCUCCACUAUUAAAAGGAAACGUGGUCGAGCUGUGAGCGGAUCAGGAGAAGGAACAUCUCGACUUCAGUACUACAGUAUUUGUUUUUUUUGUAGCGUUCUUUUGCUUUCUUUCUUUUAUUCCUGCUUUGUCGUUCUGUAUUUUCCUCUUAUGGUGCUCUUAAUGAAUCUGACCAAGCAUUAGUACCCUGACUGGGUGGGGUGUCUGUUUUGCAUAUGCACGUAGACUGAAUGCGACAAAAUGCAAAAGAAAAUAACAUAACACAAGUAGCCUAACAAAGCAGGUUUCGUUUUAAUAUUUGGGUUGUUUGUGUGUGCUUAUUAUUAUUAUUAUUAUUUUUUUAAGAACCGGUUAUGAGUAUUGUUUGAUAUUUCUCGUAAAAUACAGUAUGAAUCUAGCCUCUUUUCUUUAAGCAUGGACUUCUGGGUAGAGAGGACUAAUGUGGGAUGUUUCUUUUUGUAUCAUUUCCAUUCUUUCAUUUUUUAAAUUAAUCUUUUCUCGGUUGUUCUGCAGGGUCCUGGCAAUUUAUUUAUUUAAUUAUGAGUAUGUAAAAAUUGCUGUCGUCAAUUGAAAUCAUCUGCACACAGGAAUAUAGUUUGAACAUUUUUUUGAACAAGACGUUUCCAGUCGUUCUUCUCUGACUGAAUGAUUAGAACAUGGGUGAACACUAAUUAGAAGUGAUGUCCAC